AUGUUGUUCCAAGCUGCUGCCGCUGUCGUUGCUCUCGCUGCUUCUGCUUCUGCUCAAGGUAUAAAGUGUUCCGGCCAUUCCGUUCCGGCUUCAGCUGUCUUGUCUGUCGCUUGGAUCUCGUUUGAUGUUGGAACCUUGAUUGUGAUGGAAGCCUCGUUCUCUUAUGACUUGAAUCCUAUACGUGCUACGGUUCCUGCCUUUACGGCUCCAGCUGCUGCACCCACUGCUGCUUCUUCCUUCUACACUGGAUCCAACAAUGGAACCUUGGUGAAUGGUCCAGUCGUCGCUGGAAAGGCUUUUGAUCGAUUCAUCACCAUUUGGUUGGAAAACACGGACUACUCGGUUGCCGCUACCAACAGCUACUUGCAGUCACUGGCAUCUCAAGGAAUUCUCUUGGACAACUACCAUGCCGUAACCCAUCCUAGUGAACCUAACUACAUGUCUGUUGUUGGUGGUGACUAUUGGGGAUGUGUCGACGACGCUUUACAUGAACUCGGCCAAAAUGCUUCCACUGUUGUGGAUCUUUUGGAAGCCAAGAAGAUCUCGUGGGCUGUAUACCAGGAGAACAUGCCCACUGAUGGAUACACCGGCUUCAACUACCAAAACCCCGCUGACAACUACACUUACUAUGUACGAAAACACAACCCCGUUAUCUUCUACGACUCUGUUGCUCUCAACUCUUCUCGUGCUAGUCGUAUCCGCAACUACAAUGAUUUCGCUGCUGAUGUCAGUGCCAAUGUCAUGCCACAAUGGUCAUUCUUCACACCAAACAUGAAAAACGACGGUCACGACACUGACAUCAACUGGGUCGGCAACUACACUCAAUACUUCUUGGGUGGUCUUUUGAACAACCCCAACUUUAACACUGAGCGAACCUUGAUCUUGUUGACUUUCGACGAAAACGAAUCCUACGCAGCCGACAACAACCGAGUGUUUGCCGUCCUACUUGGCGGUGCCGUCACCAACUCCAAGAUGGCCGGAACGGUUGAUUCCACCUUCUACACUCACUACUCUACACUGAGCACUGUACAAAACAACUGGGGCUUGGGAUCAUUGGGCCGACACGACACUGUACCAACUGUUGCCAACGUCUUCAACUUUGUCGCUUCUCAAACCGGAUAUAGCAACGUAGCUGUUACUACCCAACCUUCUUUAAACUCUUCUGCUUCGUACACUGGACCAUUCAACGUUAACUACUGGACCCCUGUCUUGGCUCCCAAUGUUACUGCUGUAGGAGCUGGAGGAGGACCCGUUUUCGUAGAUCCAUCUGUUAACUUGGCUUUAACUUCUGCUACUCCUGUCAACCUUACCGCAUUGGCUGCCGCUGCAGCGGCACCAGCUGCCGCUGCCGCUACCGGUGACAACACUGGAGUAAUCGCAGGGUCUAUUGCUGGUGUUGUUGGAGCAGGAAUCAUUUUGUCUGCCAUCGUAUUCGUGAUCUGGGUUCGUCCAGACAUGAAGAAACACGUCGAGGAACAAAAGUAG